UGAAAAUGACCUCAACUCUAAUUGGUAUAUGUAAUGAUAUAAAUAUACAACACGGCUAGUGCGGUGGCUGGGCAACCGGCUGCCACGCAAGGUGUCGCAGGUUCAAUUCCCGCAUGUAACAACACAUUGUGUGAUCCACAAAUUGUUCUUCCUGGUUUGGGUAUCAUGUGUAUGCGA